CUCUCUCAAAAACCCCUAAAGUCAAAAACCGAACCCAACCCCCAUCUUCCAAAACAGACUUGCACGGCCUUGCUUUAUUCAAACAAUGGCGUCUCUCGCAGCCACCGGCUUCCACAAAGCCCCAACGCUUUCUUCCAAAAUCCCACCCAAUUCUCACCGAUGCCCACCAUUUACGUGUUUGAAACGGCACUGUUUCACCGCUAAAACGCCCAUCUUUCUGAAAACCGCCAUUAGAGCUUCGAACCCAAGCGCCGCCGCCGAGUCCUCUUCUCCGGGACUCUACUCCGCCAAGCAGUACGAACUCACGGUUCCCAACGUCGACUUGGUUCUCGAGGACGUCCGCCCUUAUCUCAUCUCCGAUGGCGGUAACGUCGACGUUGUCUCCGUUGAGGACGGCGUCGUUUCGCUCAAGCUUCAAGGGGCAUGUGGGAGCUGUCCGAGCUCAACGACCACCAUGAAGAUGGGAAUCGAAAGGGUGCUCAAGGAAAAGUUUGGAGACGCACUCAAGGAUAUUCAACAAGUCUUUGAUGAAGAAAAUAAAGAGAUCACCGUUGAGGUAGUGAAUCGUCACCUGGACAUUCCAGCCAUAAAGAACUUUGGUGGGAGUGUGGAAGUGUUAUCGGUUGAAGGUGGGGAUUGCCAUGUAAAUUAUGUAGGGCCUGAGUCCAUCGGAUCAGGAAUCAAAGCAGCGAUUAAGGAGAAGUUCCCAGAUAUCGUCAAUGUUGUAUUCACUGGAUAGCUUUGACUCCCAUGGAGAUGUCUUCCGACGUAUAAUUGUAUUCAAAAUGGUUAGCCGCUGGCUUCAUCAACUUCCAAUUUGUGUAUCUUGUUGAAUAAAUGAUUUAUUAUCGUUACUUGUACAAUGAAUUUUGUGUAAUUAGGCGUUGGUACGUGAUGAAUUCCAGCUUUGUUCUCUGUUGUAAACACUUCUGAGGGGGAAUUCGAUUAACUUCUGCAUAUUCAGUAGAAAAAUGAAAGAAAA